AUGGAUGGGAUAUCAUCUAGCGAAUUAGAGAAAGAGGGAAACCAUGGCAACGAUCAUUGUAAGGCAGUCCUUCGGGAUGGGAAAGAAAUCCCCCGAAAGACGACGUAUCGUGUUGAUGAGAAACGUUCUUACGGAAAACCCGGGAAUAAGGCUAUUUCUGUUAAGCAGAGAACUUGCGAAAUCGAUGAAAGUUUAUCACCUACCGCGGAUCCUGGCCAACCAGUAGACUGUGCCGACAUCCAGGUUCGUGGGUCGAACGUCAGUGGUGUCUACGCCAUAUACCCUGGGAAGCAUACCAAUGUUUAUUGUGAUAUGGUGACCGAUGGGGGCGGCUGGACCGUUUUCCAACGCAGGUGUGAUGGGUCUGAGAAUUUCAACCGAAACUGGUUUGACUACAAGAUUGGUUUUGGAAGUAUCUCUUCCGAGCACUGGCUAGGUAACGAUAUGAUUCAUCAACUAUCGAAUCAGAGGAACUACGAACUACGGGUUGAUCUGGAAGACUUCGAAGGAAUUACUGGAUAUGCAAAUUAUGGCCUCUUUCGAAUUGAAGAUGAGACACUGGAUUACAAGCUGACAAUUAGAAGCCAUUCUGGCAAUGCAAGUGAUAGUCUUAGUUAUCACAACGGGAUGAAGUUCAGUACCUAUGACCGUGACUACUUGAAGUGCGCCGGUUAUUUUAGAUCAGGAUGGUGGUUUCGAAGUUGCCUUUUAAGUAACCUCAAUGGCGUCUAUUUCCAUGAUGAGGCCAAUGGCAGAAAUGGCAUUAAAUGGAAAAUGUGGAAGCCUUACUCUUUAAAAAUGAGUGAGAUGAAGAUUCGACCAGUAGGGCCCUAG